GUUAGGUUUAUAGCAUAAAAAUAAGUAAAAUGUCAAGUGAGGAGUUCAAGCUGGUUUCGCCGACGAUAGACAACGACGGUAACUUGCCGAGAAAGUAUACCCAGGGAGGUCAAGGUGCUAAGAAAGAUCUCUCUCCUCCUCUUGAAUGGUACAACGUUCCAGAAGGUACAAAAUCGCUAGCUUUGGUGGUGGAAGACAUCGAUGCGCCAGAUCCUAGUGGACCGCUCGUGCCAUGGACGGUGUGGGUUGUCGUCGACAUACCACCAGAGAUGAAAGGCCUACCGGAAGGAUAUUCCGGCACUGAGGAGCAGACUACCGGUAUUCGGGAAGGGAACAACGAUCACAAGAUUCCGGGAUGGCGUGGGCCUCUCUUGCCUAGUCACGGUCACCGUUUUCAGUUCAAGCUUUUCGCUCUCGAUGAUAAACCCAAGAUUGGUCACACGGUGACGAAAGAGAGAUUGCUGAUCGCAAUUGAAGGGCACGUACUAGGAGAAGCCAUCUUGACGUGUGUGGCCUAAUUAUGUCGUCGUUUUAGUCACAAGGCCGUUUUUUUUUUAUCAUAGUUAAAAGAUUCUGUGUAAGCUUAGGUUUGUUAAGAGCAUGGGAGGAUGUUACGUUACAGUUGAAAACUAAAUCAAUAUACGGCUAAAUAAUGAAAAUGUAUAUGAUAA